AUUGAUUUUAAGUCCUUAAUACCGCCCCAGUUGAUGUGUAUUUUCCCCCGUAGAAUAGAUCUCUACUCGCUGUCUCUACUGGUAGGUGGCAGCGACCCAAAAUUUGGUCGGGAUCUACGUGGCGAGCUACAAUAAUUGGUGCGCAGUUUGUUGUGCACCGCUCGUCCGCUGGUGUCCCAGCAUCCGUCUGCCAGUCUUGCGAAGAUGUUCUACACGCGUUGGCUCUUGAUGAUGUAUAAAUAUUCAACACUAAAAGAUCUAUUACCGACGAGGAGCACAGCGUCGUUCUUGCGCAAAAUUAAAGCGAUCCUUAACACAGCCAAAAAUACAGCAACAGCAUUGCGCCCGCGACCUCAACAGCACUUGAAGCAAUUUGAUGAAUAUGAUAUGGAAUUACGCCAUGCCCAUAUACAACUACUAAUUGAUGCGCGUCCGCAUUAGAAAACUUUAGUUUUCAAUUUGCUAUAUCAGAAGAACGCAAAUUCCAAAAAAGAUCGAAACAACGAAGCUUGCACUCAUUCUGUUAAGCGUGCAGGUGGAGCUCAUUUCAAAGAGACUUCAACGCUUUCAACUUCUAUUGUUUGUGUUUCACCUUGCGACGAGGUUCAUCACAAUACAAAAUGCACAAAAACCCGAUCAUCGCUGGUCCUUCCAUUUUACGAAAGAAAAAACUUCCACAAGUAAAGAAUUUCGUGCCAAUAUUUUGUCACAGGGCGCAGUGUAGCCGACCAGAAUCAUCAUCAGUUUUGAACACCAAUAGAACGCCGUUAGGGAUAGAAGAUUUUGCUUUAUUUCAAAGAAGAGUAGACUCUUUCAUCCUACUAGCUACAACUUGUAGGUCUAAACUAGCUCGUCCGCGAACUACCCAGCGAAAAAUGUCUGACACCCCUGCUGCUGGAGGACGGUUGGCCGUCGGAGCCGGUUUGCGAACGGCCGGUCGCCGCCCGGGGCGCCAGGAGGCGAGCAAGAGCAAGGAUACCGUUGCGGGACAGCCGACCAACAACUUGCUGCGGUUCUCGAGCGAGGGGGACGGCACCGGGUUGAAGGUGGGGCCGGUCACGGUGCUGGUGAUGGCUCUGAGCUACAUGGUCAUCGUCGUGUUCCUGCACAUAUGCAUUGCAAAAGUAUCGUACUACUAGUGGAAAUUGCAUGACAAAUCUUAAUGCAAAGAAGAAAAGUGUAAUGUGUAAUGCUGAUUUACGUAAAGAUACAGGAUUUGUCAUGCGUCACAGCUAAAUCGUGCGAUACUUUUGGAGUGGAUAGUACAUCAUGACCAAAUUCAAGACGAUGAUGAUGUCGUCCGGCGGCGGAGAAGAGCUGUAGACCUGACAGUUCGAACAAGGUAGAUAAAUAUAUAGUUGUUUAGAAUGAAUUAAUUCUCUAAUUCAUGCUGUACAACCUGUGACUUUCGUCAAAUCGAAUAAUGCGUAGAAGUUCUUGCUACAGAUAAAGCUAGGCAGUGUUUUGUCGUUGUGCGUUUUUUUCAUACGUUGUAUCUUCAUUGUGACUAAUAUUCGCUAAUCAGGUAACAAAGCUAGGAGAACGCGCAAGAGGUACUGCUUCGAGAAGAUGACCAAACGACGGAAAAAUAAACGGACUUCAAGCCAAUGUCCGGUGUGCUGAGAGGGGCUGAAGUUUUUUUUAGCGACUUCUACUGUAAUAUGUCGGCGGAGUAAUGCGGAACCAUGAACAAAUGGGCUCUCGAAGCAGGUUUAUCAGCAAAUUUUUAAGAAACUAGGUUCACUCCUCCGAGUAAAUGCCUUUUUAUGUACCUCUAUACUUAUCACUUUUUGUUUUUGCGUACUUACUUACUUACUUUAAAUGUUGUCGUCAUCACAGUCUCACCUCUCAAUUUUAUCAGAUUUUACAUUCACUUCUACGUUGAUGUUAAGUGUUUACUGACAGUCAAAAGCAAAAAAUCCUCCGACGCCCGGACCCUUUGGGUGAAAAUGUAAGUUUGCUACUGCGACACGACACGCGAGGAAGCUCCUUCGUGGAGGAGCGGAUAAAAGGGUCAUGCGACAGGACUUUUGGACUUUUCCGAUGAAAAAGAAUUCGUACUCGUAGGUGCUGCUCACUUUCUCUCGUCCUGGUGGAAGAGCCUUCGUUCAGGGAAAGCUCUCAUUAGACUGUUUGAUGAGAUUCUCCAACUUCGUUUGUAAUAACCCAGAUGUAAGUACUACUUCUACCCCGCCCGAUUUACAAUGCCCAAAAAAUGAAAAAAACAAGUCGCUGCUUCAAUGGAG